AUGGCUUUCGAUUUAAGUAAAAAUGAAGAUUUUCAGAGAUUAUUCCUUUUAGAGCUACUUGUGGAUAGUGUCAAGUUCGAUUAUAAAAAAAUUGAUUUGCCUAAAACUACAUUCGACUUAUUGAAGCAAACAUGCGUUCGGUUUAAUUUUUUAGACUUUCCUGUGAUAGAAGUUUGUGAAGAGGAUUUUUGCCAAACACAAGGCGACUAUAAUACGGCUAGAGACAUUGUUUUCAGAAAUGGGAAAUCUUGUUUUUUUUCCUUACGUGGUUUGCCUAAAAAAACACAAUGUCUCCAGUUAGGGGCGACAAUAGUUCGUCAGAAGGACGAGCCUCCACCGAUUAUAAUGGGAACAACUUGCAUUACUUUAGAUAAAGGCUUUGUGGAUGUGUUGAAUGACGUGAGCCACAAUACUGAAACUGGCGAGGCCUCCAAUUCAUUAAAAGACGUGUUUCCAAUUAUUGACUCUAAGGGAAUAAAGAUAGGAUCUUUGACAUUGCUUAUUCGUCUUUCUUGCUUUGGCAAAGCAAUUAUCACCCACUUCAAGAUUCCUCAAGAAAAGGAGGCAGGAUACAUGUUUGCAAAUACGAACGAACCGGAACUACAAAUGAAUCCAGCUGCAAAUCAAAUGAGAACUCCGAUUUCUCUUGGAUACCCUGUUAAAAAUAAUCAAGUAAGUAAACCAGACAAUAAUGUUUUCUAUUCAGGAACAAACAGUGAAGCACCACCGGGAACUGGCAUUCCAGAAACGGUCUUAGGGAGCACUCCUAUGGGUGAAUCAUACGACACAGCUAAAACUUCUCCUAUGAUUUACAGAGGAUUUCCAAAUCCUACUCCAGGUGCUCAAAGUACGUCGCCUGGAGAUGCAUACUCUGCGACUGUUCCAGGUAAUUUUCCUCAGGCAACACAAAACAAUUUCCACGGCGCUGCUCCAGGUACUUUUCCAGGAAUUUCACCAGGUACGUACCCAGGCGCCCCACAAGGCACUUUUUCAGAGGCUGCACCAGGUACGUACGCAGGCGCACCACAAGGCACUUUACCAGGGUCUGCACAAAGUACCUACCCAGGCACCCCACAGGGCACUUUUCCAGGUGCUGCACAAGGUACAUACCAAGUCGCCCCACAAAGCACUUUUCCAGCGGCUGCACAAGGUAACUUCACAUGGGCCCAACAAGGCACUUUUCCAGGGGCUGCACCAGGCAACUUCUCUGGGACCCCACAAGGCACUUUUCCAGGAGUUGCUCCAGGUACGUUCCCAGGAGCCCCACAAGGAAUUUUCUCCGGAGCUGCGCCAGGUACGUUCCCAGGAGCCCCACAAGGAAUUUUCUCCGGAGCUGCGCCAGGUACGUUCCCAGGGACUGCAACAGGCACUUACACUGGGUUGGGAAUGUUUCCAGGGGCAGGAUUAGGUAAUUUCCCUGAAGCCGCAUCAGGUAGUUUUCCUGGGAAUGCACCAGUUACUUUCCCAGGGGCUGGAUCAGGUACAUUUUCUGGAGUUGCACCAAAUGUCUAUGGUGUACAUGCACCAGGUCCCGUCUAUGGAGGUGCAACGAGCCCACUAUCCGGGGCUGCGCCAGGGAUGUACCCUAAUAGAUCGCUAGGAACUUAUCCGGGGGUCAUAAAUGUCUCAGACAUGUUCCCUUCAGGAGGUACACCUGGAGGUACACAUAUGACACCUGCUGGUGAGCCAGGAAUGCCAUUAUAUAACGCAGGCUUAUCUCAAUACGCAGCAACAUAUCCUUCUGAAAUAGGGAUGGGUGAAAGUAUGGGAAUGUAUUCUUCAACUGAUUUAGAAAGUGCUGCAAUCAAAUACAACAUUGACAAUAAUAUAAGAAAAAGUUACAAGGAACUAUCAGUCUCAAUUAAUGGUCAUGAAUUUACAAUCAAUGUCCUCAGAAAAUCACGACCUAAAAAAGAAAAGCCCCAACCUUUACAAUUCUGUGGAAGGAUCCCUGAAAUUGAAAAUUCGGAUUCAGAUGAAACUAUAGAAGAAGAAUCAAUCGGUGAAAUAGAGGAAGAAUGCCAAGAAAAGGGCGAUGAUGAAAAAUAUGAAGAAAUUCCAAAAAUCGAAGAAUCGAAUUUGAUUAAAAAAGAAAAGAAAAAGAAUAUAAUCAGCGUUCCAGAGCCACCACCUUUAGUUGCACCCACAAUACCACAAAAAAAUGCGUUUAGACUUUGUGAGUGCGAUAUAGCACUACCGAAAGGAUUUCGUCUUCCUGAAACACCUACAAACGUUAAACAACCUAAUUUAGCAUUACCUCCAACUCCUCCCCCAAGCCCACCAGAUAAGAUACCUCAAACACAAUUUGAUUCUACUUCACAACCAGAUUCAACUCAUGCAAUAGUCAAAACUGAAUCACCUCUUCCCCCCAUUGUUUCAAAUCCUGUAGUUAAAGAAAAAGAGAAAGUAGUAAAACAAAAUAAAAAAGUUGAGGAGGCUCCAAAGAUCACAUAUUGUCUGCAACCUGACUGUCCCAUGGGGUUUCCAUGGCCUCCAAACAUUCCUCAGGAGAAAAGAAUUAUUAAAGUUCCAUGCUGCACACAGAUGCCAAUGCACCCAGCAUCUAUAGGGCUAAAAGGAGACCAAAUUAUAUUCCAAAUGUCCAGUGGAUUAGCACCUGAUAUUGACUACAACCAAAGUAUGCUGAACAUUGACAAUAAGGAUAAGAAGAGUCCGUAUGUUUUGAAAUUAGGUUCCUCUAAUUUACCUAAAUGUAAAUGUACAAAAAUGAUUUUCGAACUCCCUGUUCCAAAACUUAAAGUAAAAAAAGUUGAGAAAGACGAAACUGAUACUCAAUAUUUAGAGUCAGAUAACCCAUUUAUAGAAACUGUAAAAGUAGACGAUGGGAAGAAAAAAGGCAAAGGAAAGGGGAAAAAAGGAGCGAAAAAAGGAGGCAAAAAGGGAAAGAAAAAAUGA